AGGACGACAGCUCCAUAGUGUACCGACAGAAGAGGAAAGCCAUCAAGAACCCAAACUACCGCUGGACCAAUAAGGUCAUCCCUUACCGCAUCGCGAGCGGCGUGUUCACGUCACGUGACAGAGGGGAGAUCAACAAGGCCAUCGCCGAGUGGCAGAGGUACACCUGCAUCUCCUUCCGCCAAGCCUCCAGAAACGAAAACAACUUUGUUUACUUUGACAACGGAAGCGGAUGUUACUCCUACGUGGGGAUGGUCGGCGGCUCGCAGACUAUUGGUCUUGCUGGCGGCUGUCGUCAGAAAGGCGUCAUCGUCCACGAGAUUGGCCACGCCGUCGGCUUCCACCACGAGCAGAACCGACCAGACCGCGACAACCACGUGAGGAUUCAAACCCGGAACAUCCCUCCCAGCGUGCGCUACAACUUCAAGAAAUACCCCUGGUCCGCGGUGGAGGUCUUCGACGUCCCUUAUGACUACAGGAGCGUCAUGCAUUACGGUGGCCGCGCUUUCAGCCAGAACGGAGACUACACCAUCAAGACAGUCAACCCAGCUAUGCAGAACGUGAUCGGAAACAGACAGGGGCUGAGUUUUUACGACGUCAUGCUGGCCAACAGAAUGUACAAGUGUAGCGAGCAUUGCGAUAGGUCAAAGAUCACGUGCCCUAGAGACUCCUACCUGGGUAAGGAUUGUAAGUGUUACUGCAAAGGUACACCCGUCCGUGUGUGUGAUGGCACCACGACCGUUACACGUAAACCAGGCGUGGUGACCACGCCCACUCCUCGACCCACCUCCAGGCCCAGCUGUAAGGAUAUGAACCCCAACUGCUUGGCUUGGGCCCGCGCUCCCCAGGGCUACUGCCGCACCAACACGUAUGUGAAGACCUACUGCCGCGUGUCGUGUGGUACGUGUGAUGGCGGAGAUGGAAAGGGCGAGGAGACGUGUAGAGACGAGAAGGAGCACUGCGCCUACUGGAAAGGUCAAGGGUACUGUAAGGGAGUUUACGAGGCGGCCAUGAAGAACAUCUGCUCCAAGACCUGUGGCUUCUGCCGACCCCGCCUCACCUCCACCAACGACAAGCUUAGCGGCGGUAACGGGGAUAACGGGGUGGGCGCCCACGCUCCUAUGGCGUUCCUUGUCGCGGUAAUGGUCUCCCUUGUCAAACUCUUCUCUCAGUAAGGUAGAAUGAUCUCCCUUGUCAAACUCUUCUUCCUGAAAGGAAGAAUGAUCUCUCUUGUUAAACUCUACUCCUCGUAAGGUGUUUCGGUAAAAUUGAUAUUCUUUUUCGAGUCUGUGACAUUAUGCUAUCAAAUGUGUUUAACAUAUAUGUAUAUUAUGCAAUUAAUGACUAACUAUAUAAUAUGUAAACUAUUUUAUUGAAUGAAAGGCAGACCAGAAUGAAGUGUACUUUUUGCAAGAGGAAUAUCUGUUCUUUAUAUAAUUCUUGGUUAUUUCUGGAACAUGAUAAGUUAUUUUACCUAUUUAUCUAUUGGUAUUCUCGUUUGAUGUUACAUAUCGUGAUGUGUGAAGAGGGGGAGGGAGACAGGGAUUUGGGGGGGGGGGGGUAGUAUAUAUGGAGAACCAUAUCGUGAAGUGUAGCGAGGGAGGGAUGGAGGGACGGAUGGUGGAAGGGGAAGAGGUAUAGAGGGAGAAGUAGAGCUGUGUCUAGUUUAUACAGUAGUGCUGGCGCUGCUGUGACCUUUCAGCCUCUAUGUGGUUAUAGUUGUAUGGGUUUUUAAUUAAUUAACGCCCCUGUGUAAAGUAAUACAACAUGAGGAACCUCCAGAUUUAGCGUUCAUCACCAAUAGGAUCUAGUCAAGUGGGCGAAAGGAAAAGCUUUGGGAACAAAUAGUAUAGAUUGUGAAGCGCAUAGAGCUUGCUGUUGAGCGGGGAUUUGCGCUAUACAAAUGCUAUCUUUUACUGUUAAUAAAUUAAACAAGUCAAGUAUUAGGACGUUUUUUUUUUCUCUUAAGAAUUCGAACCGGGGAGUAAAGUUAAGGAGUUCUUUUUUUUAACGAUCAUAACCGUUUUCAACUCUGCACUUUCGCUAAUUUCGAGAUAAUACUGGUAUGGAUUUCACUCCAGAGAAAUGGAGAGCAUGAACGUCUAUUCAUUUGUGACGAGACCUUGCAGACUUGAGGAAAACACGGAGUUGGUUAAUGAAAGAAACUCUUGAGUUUUAGAGGGCGCCCCCCCCCUCCCUCCCUCCCUCUUCUUUCGGUAAAUGUACCGCUAAAGACAAAUAGUAAGAUAAGGGUUCCGUGGGUUCCGUGGGUUCCGUGAAAUGAUUACAUGUACAGUACUGUGGUCGCUGACUCCAAUUGAGGGUUGUGAGCUGCAAGCCAGCUUUAUUACCUUACGUCUUGUUGCUGUCGUUGCUGUUGUUGUUGUUGUUGUUGUUGUUGUUGUUAUUGUUGUUGUUGAUGAUGUUGUCGUUGUCGUUAUUGCUGCUGCUGUUGGAGUAGCUGGCGAUUUGUUAUUGUUUGUAUCACACUUAUCACAGUUUCUGUCUUUUUUUUCUGGUGAAUUUACUGUGUUAAGACGCGUGUGUGCGGAAAUGAAAAGUAUUUAUUUCUUCGUUUCAUUCAUUCAAAGAACAUAAUAAUAUUAUAGUUUUCUCAUUCAAAAUCAUUUGAUCAUAUGACGUCAGGAAUUUCACCUUUCAGGGAACAAUACAUGUAGAAAUGUUCUAAAUGUUAUUAUCGUCAUUAUAUAUGUGAUAGAAAUAAUUAUCUACUCGUUAUUAUUUGAAUAUUCCUAUGGAUGCCAUUCACUGUAUUUUUCUCCCAUGUGUUUCAAGAUUAUUUUUAAAAAAUGAAAACUUGUUUUAUCAGUUGACUAUAAUGAUGAACAACACCAAUCUGACAAUAAAAUGAAUGAUGAAAAAAAAACAA